GAAGUAGAUGCUGAGUUCUUGUGAAAGAAGCAGCCGGGGAGAGACUCUGACAGUCGAGAGCCGGAGACCGAGAGAGAAGCACGAUGUCUGAAUUCAGAAGGAUCGUGAUGUCUUCAUUCCUGAUGCUGCUGCUCCACUUUCCAGCUGCAGAUCUGAAAGAUUAUUCCCGCAUUGUCAGAGCUGGAGAUGAAGUCACUUUGCCUUUUGACAAUGUGAUACAUGAUCAGGAUGAGUGUGAGAGUACUAGGUGGACCUUCAGACAUUCAAGACUCCCAGGAGUGACGCUGUUUGAAGACGGGCAGAUUCACAAAGAAGCCAAAGCUAAAUCAGACAGACUGAGAGUUACAGAGAAAUGUUCUCUGGUUAUAAAGGAGGUCACAAAGGAGGAUGCUGGUCAAUACCGCUGCAGACAGUUCAGAUCAGGAGAACAACAAGAUCCAGACUCUCGUGUUUAUCUGUCUGUUGUUUCCAUGACUGAACAUCAGGACAAUGAUGAGGUGACGUUAGACUGCUCUGUGUCGACAGAUGGAUGGUGUAUACACCCAGUGAAGUGGCUGCUUCAGGGUCGAGAUGUGGACAACGAUCACAGAGAGAUAAACACAUCACAGUCUCCCUGCUCUGCCUCUGUGACAUUUCUGACUUCUCUCUUUAGUAACACAUACAGGUCUGAGUUGUUUACUUGUGCAGUAACUGAUGUGUUCACAGGAGAAGUUCAUCUGUUUCCCCUCAGCCCUCAGUCCUCAGGAGAUGCUACAACAACUGGAACACCAGGUCUCUUGAGGCUCAUCCUGGUGUCUGUGGGGUUAGCAGCUCUCGUCGUCACCGUGGUUACGGUCCACAUCUGGACCAGAGCUAAAGGGAGCAAAAAACGGAAGACAAAAAACCUGGAGCAGAAUGAUGAAGAUGAAGAUGAGGUGAACUAUGAAAACGAUGGAGGGGCUUCUGCCUCUGUGUGACUGAUCAACAACAUCAACUCCCCUCAGAGUCCAUGCUGUCAAACAUCACCUCCUCAUAUGUUACAGGAGAAAACAGGAGAACCAUGAGAUCAUUGGAACAUUUCUGAUGCCUGAGAACACCUGAGCCCCACGAGAGGCCCUUCAGAAACUCACCUCCAUGUGAUAGGAGACACAGCUUAUUGUAUUCAUUCCUUUCUGAUGACUGAGAACACCUGAGCAGUGUUCAUUUUGGCAGCUGUUUUUGAUUUACUCUUUAGACGAAAAUGGUUAUUAGUUUUAGUCACAUUUGAGUCAUUUUCAUAGUUUAAUCUAGUUUUAGUCGACGAAAACUCAAAACGUUUUAGUCCAGUUUUAGUCGAUAAAAAAUCAUUACGUUUUAGUCAACUUUUCGUCAAAAUGUUUUCUCUCUUCAAACUAAUUCAGUUCGGCAAAUACAGGAAUCUGAAAUCUGAAUCAAGGUGACAGCAUCAAGUGUUGAAAUUCAUAAAGCAACAUUUCACUCUCUUAACACUUUACUUUUAACGGUAUGCCUACUACUCUUAAAAAUCUGUGUGCAGGCCGCUGCAGCGUGUCUGUUAGGCCCCGCCCCCCGCACACAGAGAGAGAGAGUUAUGCCCCGCCCCCGCACACAGAGAGAGAGUUAUGCCCCGCCCCCCGCACACAGAGAGAGAGUUAGGCCCCGCC